UCUAGUGUCAAUCGGGGGACAAACAUGUCACGUGGAUUUAUUUUGGAGACCAAGCGAAAAGUGAGCAUAUACAAGCAUAAUACCUGGAGAAAAAAGAGAAUUACACGUUGAAUCAAUAUCGUGACUCAAAACAGAAAAAGUCUUGCUAAACAUUUUGCAUACAUUUGAUGAAUACAUAAUACUUCAACAAUUGGUAAUGUAAAAUGGAUCAAGAGUAUGGGGAAGAGGUUCUUUAUGAUUUGAAUUCAGAGCCUAAAUACGAUGGUGGCCCUGACAGAAAUGCUCGACUUACCAGCAAGUGCAAGGAGAAAAAACUAUCCGCUGUCUUAGAGAUCUGCAAAAACAUAACGUUAACUUCUAGAUACACUCCAUGUCAACUGACAACACACGAGAAUUACAUAGAGGAACGUGUCAACAUGAUACGUGAUAAACUAGGUACCUUGUACCCCUUUUUCAAGGUUUUUAAAGUUCUGCCAAACGGAAGUUAUUAUCACGGAAUGAAGAUUUGUGACCCGGAUGAAAAAGAUUACCUAGCCAUAUUGGGGCUUUCACAAAACAAAGCCAUGGCGAUUGUUGAAUUGAACAGGGAUAAACCUCAAGUUGAAAUUAUUGACAAACAAUUGGCGGAAAACAUAAAUGACACGUGUAAGAAGCUUGGUUGUAGUGUACUUUCGUACCCAAUAAGAGGUAAAUUCCUUCUUGGAGAUAUUAGGAUAUAUCUACACAAAGCAGUACAUGCGUGCUUGUCUAAGCUUAGCGAGGAGGGCAAAGUGAUAUACAAGGGGAGGAGAGACACAAAGAAGUCAAAUAUAGAUGGCUCUGUAUUAUCCCCAGAUGAAAUAGAAAUGGAACAUGAAUGGAAUAAACCAUGCGUGAAGCUGAGAAUGGGGGCUGAACUUUGUACCGUAGAUGUAGACAUUGCUUUUUGCCUCGUUGUACCAGAUGACCUUCACCGGUUGCAGCAGUCAGCUGAAUCACAAAAACCUCAAAGUGACACUCAAAAUUCGUCAAAUGACCAACAUGAGCUGGCAGGGAGCAGGCCCAAGGAGCCUUCUUCCAAGUACGGAUGUCGUAUCGUGCUCCCAGUAGUUCAAACUCGCUACUGGCGGAAAUCCUUUUACGAAUUCCCGGAGCCGGGAUUACUUAACAAGCCCCAUAGACACAUCGUUAUGGUGGUGAAAUAUAUAAUGCUCCUCUGUAAUAGAGAAGGCUUCUGUCGCACCCGUUUUAGCUCCUAUAGUUUCCAAACCGUGGUUCGGCAUCACCAGGCAACAUGUCUACAUCAAGAGCGACGUGCUCGAUCUCAAAUUGAUCACCAAAAGGCACGUUGUUUUCCGUCAGGGGAAGGGACCUUGGGCUCGUGUUUGUUUGAUGUAGCUCAACGCGUGAUGAACCUUAUAGACCUGUCAGAAAAGGAUAACAUAGUAACGGUUGGUAACAGAUUGACAAAUCUUCCUGAUGCAAAUGUAGUGGAAAAUAACGUGUUAAGCAAUAACAUUCCUUACCUGAUGGACAAACUAUUUGCUAUUGUUCUUUUCAUUUGGAUUGAUACCCUGAAGUCUUCCGAUGAAUGGCUCACUGGUCCACAAUAUCGAGAUAGUCUGCAAUCUCUUGUGGGGAUAGUGACGUCACUAUUCAUUGAGUCAUGCAGGAACGUGUACAAAGAAGAAUAUAGGGAUAUAGAUGGAAGUCUUGAUCCUCUUGUUCAGAUAAAUAAGCUUCAGCGACUGAUAUCUAAUAAAGAAAACGUGCCUCCAAACAUUCCAGUCGAUAUCACCAGUCUUUUAAAACAAUUGUCUGAAAGAUAAUAUGGGAUUGGCAUACUUCCUUUAAAUACAAGUUUAGAUCAAGAUGGAUAUAUUUUUACUACUCGGAUUAGUACUUGGUAUGUAAUAUACUCAUUUAUAGCUACAUGUACAGGGUAGCUACAAAAAUGAGAACACCAUCAAGUUGUCAUUUUUAAACUAUUGUUCAAGUAAUACAGCUGGUAUAAAUUUUUUAUUAGUUGGACCGUAGUUCCAUAAUAUCAGUUUUAAAGGUAGAAAACAGC